AUGAAAGUCGUCGGCCUCCUCUCAGGAGGCAAGGACAGCUGCUACAAUCUAUGUCACGCAGCAAAGCAGGGUCAUGAGAUAGUAGCUCUGGCUACUCUGGCUCCUCCAGAGGGCAAAGAUGAGCUGGAUUCCUACAUGUAUCAGACAGUAGGACACGAUGCAGUCCACUUGGUAGCAGAAGCCAUGGAUCUUCCGCUCUACCGCCGCGUCAUCGCCGGCCACCCGCUCCGGACCGGCAACGACUUCACGACCGAGGAUUUCCACCAGGACGAUAGCGCAGUCGCCUCGUCUUCGACAGCGGCAGUCGACGAAACGUCCGACCUCUUCCUCCUCCUCCAGACGGUGAAACGACACCAUCCGGACGUCCGAGGUGUUUCCGUCGGCGCCAUUCUCUCCAACUACCAACGCUUUCGCGUCGAAAGCGUCUGUAUGCACCCAGCGCUACAACUCCAGCCGCUCGCCUAUCUCUGGCAGCGAACAGAUCAAGCGGCCCUCCUCGACGAGAUGAUUGCCGCAGGCUUGCACGCCGUGCUCAUCAAAGUGGCGGGCGCUGGCUUGACGGGUGAGGAGCACUUGGGGAAAAGCCUGGCGCAGAUGCGAACCACGCUAAGUCGCCUGGAGAAGAUGUAUGGCGCCCACGUGUGUGGUGAAGGAGGGGAGUACGAGACGCUUACGCUGGAUUGUCCGCUCUUCAAAAGAAGGAUCAGGCUGGUGGAGACAGAGAGCGUUGUGCAUGAUGAGAGUGGGGAGGUGGCUUAUCUGAGGGUCAAGAGGGCUGUGUUGGAGGACAAGGGAGAGGGAGAAGAGAAGGGGCUUGAGGGUGUGGCCGUACCGCCAAUCCUAGAU